AAUCUGUAAUAAAAAAUAUUGCAAGAAUGAAACUGGGAUUUCCCUUAAAAGUACGUUUUAAAGUCUCUGGAAUAUUUCCUCCUGAAAGUAUCUUGUAAAGAACACAUGGAACAUUAUGAACUACACAGGGACUUUAUCUACCCAGUCCUCACUGUCUCUGCAUUUGAUCGUGUUUCCCUCCAGGGCCAGUUUGUCCCCAUGGCCUGCUCCAGGUUGGGGAGUCGGGUGCUGGAAGCCGUUUGGAACAGCGCCUCGGUCACUCACAGGCACAACAUCGCUCAGGAAUUAGUGUCGUGUGAUAGCAGGCUGCGCUCAGAUCAGUUUGCUCGCCAUGUUUGGGCCAAAUUUGCCCUCUCCCACUACAUCCACAGGAGAGGCCAUUGGCAGGAAAUACAGAGCGGCGAGUCCAAGAAGCGGAAGCUCUUCAGUGACAUUCUUGAGUAAAACAAAUACAUAUUUAUGUAAUUUGUUGGAUACGAAAAUAAACAUUUUACAUUUACAUAAA